CCUGAGAAAGAUAAGUGUCCGUCUCACUCAGUUCGAUAAUUUCAGUGUUGCGGAAAAGUUGUAAACAGAAGUGUUUCUCGACGUAUACUUCGGGCUCCUUAUUUUGGAUUAUAUCCAAUCACUUCUCUCUUUCGCUUGAUACAUAUCAGUAAGUUAUACUGCUCCAUGAUCUUAUGAUCAAUUUUGUCUACAGUUUACCGAAAGUGGAUUCGAAGAAUCGAACUGAUUUCAUGUGUCAGUGUGUUUCCUCGGAGAGAGGAUCGGGAUGACGGAAAUGACGCGACAGUACCAAAGUGCGGGGGAGGUUCUUGAUCAGACGAAAUAUGAAUUCGAGAGCAAGUAUUCGUUGGAUGUUAUGUAAAAUAAAAUCGACCGCGAGUACGCGGAAGUGUUGAAAGGUGGAAAUUACGCUACACGUUAUCGCACAUGACUCGGCACUAUAUGGACGAUAGAAAAGGACAAGAAUCAAUUACAAUGUGUGGCAUUAGCAAUUUGUUUAUGGAAUAUGGCAGAAUACGAAGCGAACAGUUUGUUCAUUUUAUAAUGAUAAAUCCCCAAUCCGGAAGCAUAUAUUUUCUAUCCAUAAUGUUAUAGUAAUUUUUACGUUUGUUGACAUAAAACUCACUCGAUUUGCAACGAAUGAAGCAAAAACAAACCUGGUAUUGUUUUGGAUCUUUCACCUCUUUUCUUGGUUUGAUAUUACGAGACGCAUCAUACCGUACAAUAGCUGUACGUUGAAAUGAUGAAAAGUAAAUAAACACCAGCGCUAGCCAAAAAUUCGAUGGAAUCAUCCAAACAUUUCAAUUCGUGGACAAGUGUCAAUUUUUCCUAGUGAUUUAUAACAGUUUAUGACAAUGGAGAGAAAAAUCAAAUAUUAACUCUACGUGCAGUGUUUUAAUCAUAAAUAAGUGGAUACUUCUUCGUGUUAUAUUCUAAUUGGAAAAAUGCUUGCAGUUCAUUGCGUGCCCUAAGAAAUUAUUUGCUAUAGUUCAAAGUCGCUGUAUUAUACAGUGCAAGGUGUUCGAUUUUUCGGCUUGGAAUCAAUUGAAUAAACAAAUGUUGCUCCCGUAUUUCACUAUGACGUAAAUGCUCCGAGUUCGGUGCCAGAGCCGUUGGCAAUGGAGACCGCAACGGAUUUCAUUGGUCACCUUGGCGAUGUCGAUGGUUCCAAGGAGGUGUCGGGUGACAUGACAUAUUUCAUGUCCAACUACGCCAAGGAGUUGCUCAAAAUGAUGUUCAUGAUGCGUUCUCACCACAUGCUGACUGACGUGACACUUGAGGUGGAACAGGAGACCUUCAAGGCGCACAAAGUCGUACUGUGUGCAGCGAGUCCCUACUUCAAAGCUAUGUUCACAGGAGGACUUAAAGAGUGCGAGAUGUCACGGAUCAAGUUGCAAGGGGUUUGUCCAACGGCGGUGGCCCGAAUCUUGUUUUAUAUGUACACCGGUCAUAUACGAGUGACUGAAGUAACAGUGUGCCAACUACUACCAGCCGCUACCAUUUUCCAGGUGCCAAACGUGAUAGAAGCGUGUUGUGCCUUCCUUGAGCGUCAACUUGACCCAACAAAUGCAAUUGGCAUCGCAAGUUUCGCCGAGCAACAUGGCUGUGAAGGACUCAAGCACAAAGCUAAUCAAUUUAUCGAACGCAAUUUUACCAAAAUCUGCCACGAGGAAGAAUUCCUACAACUAUCUGUGAUGCAACUCAUCUGUUUAAUCAGGAAAGACGAGCUGAAUGUACAGGGUGAACGGGAUGUGUACGACGCCGUUUUGAAAUGGGUCAAAUAUGACGAGGAUAACCGAUAUCCAAAAAUGGAGCACAUUCUGUACGCCGUACGGUGUCAGUUGCUCACGCCAAAUUUUCUGAAGGAACAAAUGAAAAACUGUGAUGUUCUACGGAAAGUGCCUGCCUGCCGUGAGUACCUGGCGAAAAUCUUCGAAGAUCUUACUUUGCACAAACGACCAGCUGUCAAAGAGCGACAACCAAAUACAACCCGCAUGAUAUUUAUCGCCGGUGGCUACUUCAGACAUUCCCUAGAUAUAUUGGAAGCUUACAUCGUGGACGAAAAUGUUUGGUUCACAUUGCCUAAGUUGACGGUUCCACGGUCCGGGCUGGGGGCAGCUUUUUUGAAAGGAAGUUUCUAUGCGGUUGGAGGGCGCAACAAUGCACCCGGCUCAUCGUAUGACUCUGAUUGGGUUGACCGGUAUAAUCCUUUAACAGAGAAGUGGCGACCGUGCUCGCCAAUGUCCGUUCCUCGACACAGGGUUGGCGUCGCUGUGAUGGACGAGUUGCUUUAUGCCGUUGGUGGAUCCGCUGGAUUGACAUAUCACAAUACGGUAGAAUACUAUGAUCCUGAGUUCGACCGAUGGACUCUUGUUCGGCCAAUGCAUUCAAAUAGAUUGGGAGUUGGCGUUGCUGUGGUCAAUAGGCUGCUUUACGCAAUCGGGGGAUUUGAUGGGCGGGACCGACUAGCCUCGGUUGAAUGUUAUCAUCCUGAAAACAAUGAAUGGACCAUUAUACCUCCUAUGACAUGUGGCCGCUCCGGUGCUGGUGUCGCUGCAAUACAUCAGCAUAUUUAUGUUGUUGGUGGAUUCGAUGGAUCGCACCAAUUAGAUUUAGUCGAAAGGUACGAUACGGAAUCAGGAACAUGGGAAACCAUCGCACCGAUGAAGAUAGCACGCAGUGCCUUAUCGUUAACAGUUCUGGACGGAGAAUUGUAUGCAAUGGGUGGCUACGAUGGUCAGAACUUCUUGGCAAUAGUAGAAAUUUACGAUCCAGCUACAAAUACCUGGAAGGAAGGAAAUCCCCUCACAUCGGGCAGAAGUGGACAUGCUUCCGCGGUUAUUUACGCACCAUCAUGCAUUUUCGAGUACACAGAAAAUUCAAAUAUGAGCAUGGAAACGAGGGACAACGGGAGCGAACGGAGGAAUGAUGGGGAUGAUGGUUCAAGUUUUAGCAGUGGGCAUAAAAUGGAAUGUGAAGCUUCUUCUUCUAGACAAACCUCUAGUGAAGGCACUAGCGGCUAUCGCAGUCAUUGUUCGGAUGAGUUCAUUUCUUCAUAUGGUGACCAAGAAGUCGUAGAGAUGAUGCGGAGUAGCAGUAUACAGGAAUGUUGCCCAGGUGCGUUGUUUGAGGAUUUAUGUGAUGAUGUUAACAACAGCAGAACGGACAGGAUCAUGGAAAAUAAUUCCACCGUUGAAAUCAACUCUAGUCAUUUUAAUACUAUCGAAUGUCAUUCGAGAGCAGGAAUUGUUCCUACGGAAGAAACGAAAGCAUCCGAGCUAUCAGCAUCUUGUCGCAUAUCUCGUAAAUUAUUUUCAAGCGGUAGAGGCACAUUGAAAUCGAAAUCUAAAGCUAAAACCAAUGAAGUGGACGAUGAAUCACUUCCACCCGAGGAAAAUAUAUCUGCAAGCAAUAAACAUCAUUUUAAGAGUAUGUGCAAAGUGAAAAGAAAAGCGUCAAAUGGUUGGAACGAAGAAAACUGUCCUCUCGUGCGUUUAAAAAGACAGAUAACCUGUUUUGUUUCAUCGUUUGUGUCACCAUCUACAUCGAAUAACCAUUGCGUUGACAAUAACGAACUUCGAGGGCCAACAAUCCUGCCGUCGCCUUGUUUUAUACCGAUGGCUGAUACGAACCAUUGUUCGCAUUCCGAGGAAUCGCAGUGUGGGCAUAUACAAUAUGAUGAUGGAAAUGAACCACCGACAUAAUAACAAAACUGUCCAACGCAAUUCAAAACAAGUGUAAACUUCCGCAUGAUUUCGUGACAACCGAUUACCAUCAUCUUUGUUUAUAUCUCUGUACAGAAUUUUAUUUUCUCAUAGUUCUAAGGUAUUUCAUAUUUUUUUGAUUUGGAAAAUAUUGAAAUACUAGAAAAAGAUGCGUAAAAAGUAGCAUUCCUUCCACAUCGACGGUGUAAUGUAUUCAAUUAUUCCGACACUGUGUUGAACAACGUUUAACGAAAUAAUUUGGCAUAGCUAGUAAAGAAUCGAAAAUGAUUAUUGCCCUUGUCGAACUAGUUAUAAGUGUAUAAAAGAGCGGGUUUAUACUAUGUAUAAAUUCGGAAUUAGUAUCCUGUGCGUGAACGCGAAGGCACGGUUUAUGUAUGAAAAUAAAAACACGUUUAUUCAAAAA